AUGCCUUUCACUCUUAGCGACCGAGAAGCUUUCAUCCAAAAGAUGGACCACUCUUUCUCCGAGACAUUGAGAAUGCGAAAGGAAAUGACCGGAAUCAUUCUCCGAUCCGAUAACAUCGUCCGAAGUCUCAAAGUUGAGAAAAAAGAUUACGGCUCCUGCAAUGAUGUCGUCUACGAUCUUCUUGAGCAAGCCCGCAGCAACCGCGCAAAGCUCGAAGGCAUUCUUGACAGAAACGAUAUGAAAAUGAUGAAGUUUUAA